AUGUUGUCGCGAUCAUAUCGGGACCAGGACAUGCCAGCGGCUGCAGAAGUCUUACCAACGGAUGUUCUCACGAAGGUGCAACUCAGAUGCCGAAUUCAGAUAUUAACGCAUUGUCUAAUCGUUGGCACCAUUCCGUGGCGUGUAAAAUUCUCAAGCAAACAGCUGUUGCUGAACCUUAACACCGUACAACAAGAGUGGACCUAUCAAGUUUGGUGGAAGGAAAAUGCUACGGUUCUCAAUUUCCAACAGAAAUUCACAAUUUUGAGAGGAUCAACUAAUUCAAUGCUGCUCAACUUGCAAUCUGGACAAAGAAGCGCUUAA